AUGGAUAACUUGCGCCUCAAGUUACUAACUUUUAAACAAGCAAUUGUGAAUUUGGGUGAGGAAUAUCUCCCAAGACUUAAAAAGCAAAAUGGCAACUCCGGAAAUGACAACAGGAUGUUGGACUUCGAUUUCUACCUAGGUAGCUACUUUGAACUAGGCUGGAUUGGCUGUGUCUGUGCUAGAUUGGAUCGUCAACACCUUCAACUGAUGAGUUUCAGCUGA